AUGUCUGUCAACGUCGCUCCACGCUCCAUCUUGAUUCCAUCCCGCCUUGAGGUAUCUCCUCAUGGGCUAACUUGGGGGCUGGGAACUUCCCAUUGCAUAUGUAGGCGCUGUGCUGUUGUGGCUGGCUGCCUCCCAGCUCCAGGUGUUUGUUAA